AUGGCCUCCUUGAAGUAUACCCCGAAGCAACAUAUCACCGAGAUUCACAGCAGGUUGUCGAAGACCUUCCGUGAGGGCCGCACUCUUCCGUUGGAAUACCGCCGCAAGCAACUUCUCCAGGUUGCCCGCCUUGUCCAAGAAAAUGCCGAUGAUAUCAUGGCCUCCCUGAAAGCUGAUCUCGGGAGGCACCCUUUUGAGGCCACCCUCCCUGAACUAGGACCAAUGGUUUCAAGCGCCCUUCAUGCUGUCGAGAAUCUUGAUAAGUGGAAUUCUCCCGAGAAGCCGCAAGUAGAGGCUUGGCGCAGUGGGUGGGACACAACCAUCUUUAAGGCGCCCAAGGGAACAGUGCUUAGCAUCAGUCCCUGGAACUUUCCAUGGGUGCUCACGAUUUUGCCGCUCAUUGGCGCGAUUGCUGCGGGUUGCACAUGCUUGAUCAAACCUUCAGAGCAUGCCCAGGCCUCUGCGGCCCUCAUAGAGAAACUAAUCCCGCAAUACCUUGACCCAGAUGCCUACGCUGUCUGUCUCGGAGCCGUCGAAGAGACCACCCAUGUUCUCGGUCUAAAAUGGGACCACAUUUUCUAUACGGGCAGUACGAGCGUGGGACGGAUCAUCGCAGAGGCGGCAGCAAAACAACUCACGCCGGUGACUCUCGAGCUUGGUGGACAAUCACCCGUCUUCGUUGACGGGGACAGCACGAACAUUGAGAUCGCUGCGAAGAGGAUUCUAUGGGGAAAGCAACAAAACGCAGGACAGGUUUGCGUCGCACCGAAUCACGUUUUUGUGCAGGAACAAUACCAAAGUGCACUUGUGGAGGCGUUCAGGAAAGCAUAUGAUUCAUUCUGGCCAAAGGGUCCGCUCGACUCCUCUUCUGAGAUGGCUUGCGUGCUGAAUGCUCGCCAUUAUGAACGCAACAAGAGUCUCCUGUCCCGAACUAAAGGAAAGGUCGUGAUUGGGGGACAAGCUGGGCAGGAUCUUCGCAUUGAGCCAGCAAUUGUUACCGGCGUAAAAUUGGACGACCCAUUGAUGGAAGAAGAAAUAUUCGGACCUAUCUUGCCAAUCAUCCCAGUUGCAAAUGUUGACGCCGCCAUCUCACACAUACAAUCUGGGUCCACUCCCCUUGUCAUUUACGUCUUCACGGAAAAUGAGGAGACAAAAAACAAAUUCGUACAGCGCACCCAGAGCGGGCAGCUAAUCCUCAAUGAAACUUUCGCUCAGGUUGCUGUCUAUGAAAUUCCUUUCGGUGGUCAAGGGCAAUCUGGCUAUGGAUCAUACCUUGGGAAGUACUCCUUCGACACCUUCACCCAUCAAAGGGGCUAUAUCAAUGUCCCUGCAGACGCAAGAACGGAGGGCUUCAUGCAGGGAAGGUACCCUCCUUACUCGGCGCCUGCACUUGAGUUCUUCUCCCAGGCGCUCAAAGCGAAAAUUCCUGACGCUCAAUCCCUCGUUCUCUCCAGGGUGAUGCGCAGAGGAAAGUAUACCAAACCAAGCGAGCUGCAGCCAUACAAUGUUCAAUCGGUGGUAGGCCUCAGUACUCAGUACUCACCUUUGUCUGUUGUCCCAAAUAUUGUAAUAGCGGCAUAA